UUUUCCCAACAUUAUAGUCCAACUCCUCUUUUUGUUCACAGGUAAUUGUUACUGUAGUAACAUAUUUGAAGUAAUUAGUUUGAAAAGUUUGUCCCUGUGAAUAUUAUAUUUGUGUUGUUAAUAAUGUUCUGUGUUGCAUUUCAUGUCCUGAGUAAGCGCGCGCACUAGUCCCCCAAAAUGGGCGGAGUUCACUUCUUUCUGGGGGUGUCAUGUCAUCAAAACAGAGCGGCUCAGCAGAGACGUGAGCUCGCGACCAGGAGACGCGGUGUCAAUUGUGCGCGCGCUCAGUCACGGCAAACGCAAGCACGCUCGCGGGACUUUUUGACCAUUUCACCCCCCUCGAACACGUAUGCAUUCUGCAUUUUGGAUUUAUGCCUAGUGUGUUUUUUUAUUCCUUACUGACACCCGUUGCGGAGAAACCGAGAUUUCUGGCAGCGCACAAAACUUCUGAUGAGUUCGAGUCUGAGACAUGGAGGAUGAAGAGAGCAAAAUUUCCGUGUGGGUUUGCCGGGAGGAGAAGCUCGUGUCGGGUUUGUCUAAGCGCACCACGUGUGCGGACGUUAUUAAAGUCCUCCUAGAGGAACAAAACUUGCACGGGCGCGCGUCCGCGUCCGCGCGCUCUUACUGCAUUGUGGAGAAGUGGCGCGGUUUCGAACGCGUUUUGCCGAACAAGACCAAAAUCCUGCGCUUGUGGAAUGCAUGGGGUGAAGAGCAGGAGAAUGUGCGUUUCGUGCUCGUCAAGCAGGACGCGUCCUUAGCCAGCAGCGCGCCACGAAGCGCCGAGGCGCGACUCGUGCCUAGCCGGCAGAACCCGUGCGCGCGCGAGGGCACCGUGCGCCAAGCCACCAUGGCCCUGUCGCCCGAGAAGCAAAGGCGCGUGGUCCGAAAGGCGUUCAGGAAGUUGGAGCGGAUCAAUAAGAGGCGCGCGAGGGCGCAGUGCAAAGACGCGGAGAGAAUGGAGACCCUCGUGCAUCUGGUGGUCUCGCAGGAUCACACCAUCCGGCAGCAGGUGGAGCGCAUCCAGGAGCUGGACCACGAGAUCGAACUCUAUGAGGCCAAGGUACACCUUGACAGGGUAAGGGCACAUGGUGUCAACUAUGUCCAGGAGACCUACCUGGUGGAGGGAGCUACAUCCAGGCAUCCGUGCCCCAGCGAUGGAGAACAGACGCUCACUCAGUUAGAGGAGUAUGCCCGGAAGUGUGAGGAGGUCAUCAGGCUGCAGGAGGAUCUAACUGAUCGGCAGGUUCUGCUGGACAGCAUCACCAGAGAUAUCCAGGAAGAGCUAAACCAGAGAUGGAUGAAGCGGAGACAGGAGGAUCUGGCUAAUAAGGAUUUGGAAAAUGAUAGCACGCUCAGGGUUAUAAAUCAAACGUGGGAGAUAAAUGGAUGCGAAAUGCCUCCAAAUGUGGACGUGUCUCUUGAGGAUGGCGUGCUCUUGGAGAAGGAGCGGAUUAGAACUCAGCUGGACACGAGCUUGUACAUCGGCCUGAGGCUUAACACGGAUUUAGAGACUGUUAGAAACGACCUGGACUUGGUGCAGGAGGUCCGGAAGGCGAGAGACAAAGAGCUGAGGGAUUUGCUUGAAAAAGUGGACUCACUCGAUUUAGAGGAAGAAGAGGAGGAAGAGGAGGGGGAGGAAAGUUGUGACAUACUUAAGGACACUAAUAGAGUGGAAGAAGACACAGCGAAUAGUCAUGGUGCAUGGGUCGAGCAGGCCAGAGGACUUUCCGCUAAAGCAUGUAGCAGUAACGAUGACGAUUCAGACACAGGACUCAGCUCCAUGCACAGCCAGGACUCGGACAUUGCCCCUGUUUUUGAGUCUCUUGUAUAGCACCACACAGGGGGACAGGAAGAUUCCCCAGAGUUGAAUUAACACAUGAAGAGUGUUUGUAUUUAUAUUCAGAUGGACUGAAAUAGACACUGUAUGACUUAAUAAACCACUGGAGAUUUUGCUUUAUUGUGUAUAAUCACCACCUGGACUCCUUUGAGCUGUUGUUUAUGUAAAAACACUAAUUAUACUUUUGCUGACAAAUGUGCACUUAGUCAUAAUUUUACUGUAGCUGACUGCACAGAUCAUGGAUCUUUUUUUUUUUGGACAUGUACCACAUUUUACCAUUGACUAAAUCAGUGUUAAUUUGUACAUAGGUUUGAGAGUGAUUGUUAAGGUACACCACAGACACUUCCUGAAAAAAACUGUUCCAAUUUUAAAAGGCUGGUGCAGUUUACGCGUAAUAAUUAAUGCCUAAUAUAAUUGUAAAGAUCAAACAAAUUCUUAUAGAAUGUUUAUCAAGUCUGUAUUUUAAGUCAAAUAAAUCCUAUAAUUCCAGAUAUAGUUGCA